CAGUGCAACAACAAAUAUCGGCUAUCAGCACUACAAUAACAAUCGCUAAUAUGUCUUCUGAUGAAGACUGUGAAGGCCAAAGGUUCUGUAAUUUAUUGACCACAGGGACUCAGCUAUACCUUAAAGGAGAGGAUGAAAAGGCUGUGGAGAACUUCACAGCAGCGCUGGCUCUCAAUCCGGAUGAGAAGAAUCGCCUUGUUUGUCGGUCGAGAUGUUACAUGCGCAUGGGGCAAUUUGAAAAAGCUCUAAGAGAUGCAGAAGCUUCACUCAAAGAUGAUAAGACUUUUUGUGAGGGACUGUACCAGAAGGCAGAGGCUUUGUUCUACAUGGGAGAACUUGAAUAUGCACUGAUGUAUUACCACCGAGGACACAAGCUGCGUCCACAGAUGAAGGAUUUCAAACUGGGUAUCCUAAAGGCACAGAAAGACAUAAUAAACUGUAUUAACACUGGGAAAACAAGAUCCCUCUCCUCCACGGCGGUGUAGAGAAGACCUGGUUAUUUCACGAGAUUGGUCCGUGUUACCUGGAGUUCGGUCUCCACAAAGAAGCCAGAGACUACGCCGUCCAUUCUCAAUCAACUUACCAGGCUCUUUAUGAAGCACAACAACAACUAUCACAAUGAGGAUGUAUCCAGUUACGUCUGAGUGGACCAAAAAAGUCAGAAGAGGAUAAAUGUUUUCAUCCUCUUCUGACACCAGCACUCUCGCCUGAGGACCUCUCACCUUUGGAGCCAUGGGUCCUACUACUGCGCAUGUUGGACCAUGAGGGAGGCAGGGGUGCCCCAGGGGGACCCCCACACCCUUGGAAGUCCAUGCGAACGUCCAUGUGGAGAUUCCCGGGCUGGAUUCAAGACCUUGACCCCC